AUGAAUUCCACCAGAGGAAUACCAUCCAUUAAGAGUCACCCCUUCCAUCUCCACAGCACAUCGUUUCUUCUGCAACGUUUGCCAGACCGUUAUGUUAAAACCAUCCACCAGAGGGACACAACCAUAAGGUACAAAGGUAAGGAUGGUAGCCUUUUACUCCCUCUAGUUUUGGGGCUCAUCACCUCAGUGGAGGAAAGAGAACCAGAUUUAUAUGUUCAGUCAUGAAACAAUAGAGAGAGAGAGAGAAUAGAAGGCAACUAUCUUGGUUUCCGCCUUACAGUUCUUGACAAUUCCUUAUUCAACAGAGUUACUGGAAAUGAAUUGUGGAUUUUUCUUGCUUGCUGAUAUUAAACCUCUUAGUUUAAUAUCUUAAUUUGUUUUUUUAAAAAAAUCAUUUUCACUUUUAACAAUUAGCAUCAUAUAUAAAUCACAAUCAUGUUACAAAUAGGAUUCUUAGAAUCCCAGAACUUCCCUCCACCCUUCCAUGGUUUCCCUAGAUAUUCUUUUCAAACUGCAUUGUAUCAUAUUCUCCAUAUUUUCUUAAAACUCAGUUCUUACCAUAGUUCAUGCUUCAUUGCAAGUGGUUAUUUUUAAAAAAAUUGUUUACAGUGUUAUUUCAAGUAUCUUAUAAAAUUUCCCCAUUCGUUAUUAAAUUUAUUGUCCUCUUGAUCUCUGAUUUUCCUGGUCGUUUUCACCAUUUUGGCAUAGUCCAUCAUCUUUAUCAACCAUUCUUCUUUUGUAGGUAGUUUGUCCUCCUUCCAUCUUUGGGCAAGUAACACCUGUGGAGCUGUUGUAGCAUAUAUAAAUAGUUUCUUCUGAUCCUUAGGUAUUUAUGGACCUAACAUUCCUAGUAGGAAAGCUUCAGGGUUGUUCUUUUUUACACAAAAGUAAUUCUAAACAUUUUUUUCAAUUCAUUAUAAAUCAUUUCCUAAUAUACUUCCGUUUUCUUUCAAGUCCACCUCAUGUGGUAAAAUGUGCCUUCUUUCGACCUUCGUGUUUCAUAUCAGCGAGUUUUAAACUCGAGAUCUGCCCAGCAGAUUUCACCAGAGGUUUAUCCUCUGCCAAGGAAUUUAUUUCUAAGGCUAAAAUGUGGUUUGUUGCGGACUGAGUGCUGACAGGUAUGUGCUUCACACGGCAUCCCCAUCAAAAUGCCAUCCCAUAAUACUUCCCCACUGAAUCUGGAUCUGCUCUGUUUCUGCAGGACAUUUUAACUUACCAGCAAGCCCAGAUUAAAGAAAAACGGGGUGGCAUUUUGCACAGACACUGCACAAAAUUUGCCUGUGUGAGCAGCGCAGGAGGCCACACCUGCCCCACACAUCUGUAGGGUUGCCAUGUGUCUGGAAUUUCCCAAACAUAGAUCAAAUACUGCAGCCGGAAGCAGUGUUUAGGAGGGAAUCUCUGAAAUGCCCGGGGAAAUCCGGACGUAUGGCAACUGAUGUUGGACGUCUGGAUUUUAGCCAAUUUCCUUAAAAAUACCUCAAAAACUUAAAUUCACUUUUUGAAAUAUGUCAACGACCCUAAUCUGCAGCGCUGUUAUGCCACUUUAGCAGAAGGUUACCAGAUUUUUUUCAAUGAAUCCGGGGACACUUUUCAACUUCAAUGGAUUUUGUGUGGGGACUGAUUUGUAAAUCCAGGGACUGUCCCCGGGAAACAGGGACGUCUGACAACCUUACUUUAACAGCCCCCAAAGUAUCCUGGGAACUGCAGUUUGUUAAGGCUGCUGAGAGCCGUUAAGAUACCCGCGUUCCCUUCUCAGAGCUACAAUUGCCAGAGUUCCCUGGGAGAAGGGAUGGAUCGCUAAACCACUCUUGGAAUUGAAGUUCUCUGCUUCGUGUUCUCUUUGAGAUGUGCUGGGCUAAGGGGUUGGAGAAGAAGAAGAAGAGUUUGGAUUUGAUAUCCCGCCUUUCACUCCCUUUAAGGAGUCUCAAAGCGGCUAACAUUCUCAUUUCCCUUCCUCCCCCACAACAAACACUCUGUGAGGUGAGUGGGGCUGAGAGACUUCAAAGAAGUGUGACUAGCCCAAGGUCACCCAGCAGCUGCAUGUGGAGGAGCGGGGAAGUGAACCUGGUUCACCAGAUUACGAGUCCACCGCUCUUAACCACCACACCACGCUGGCUUUAAAUGACCUCCAAGUUACCUUCCAGCUUCAAAUUCUCAGGUGCCACCCACACCUUGCAUUUAAUGCACAUUUAUACUGCCUUAACAGUCAUGGCUCCCCUGAAAGAUUCCUAGGGAGCGUAGCUCCCCCCCCCAACAGAGCUGCAAUUUCAUAGAAUCACAGAACUUUAGAGUUGGAAGGCACCCAAGGGUCAUCUAGUCCAACCCCCUGCAAUGCAGGAAUCUCAGCUAAAGCAUCUCUGACAGAUGGCCACCCAACCUCUUCUUAACAACCUCCAGGGAAGGAAGAGUCCACCACCUCUCACGGGUGUCUGUUCCACUGCCGAACAGCCGUCAGAAGGUUUUUCUGAAUGUUGAGUCAGAAUCUGCUUUCCUGCAACUCGAAGCCAUUGCCUCGAGUGCUAUUCUCAAGAGCAGGAGAAAACAAGCACGCCAGUUCCCAGGAUUUUUUUGGGGGGGACACACCAUGUGAUUUAAAUAUACAACGUGAGUAUGACCUACAUCUCUCUGCAGGCAGAGGCGAGCCCAUUUUUUAAAGCCUCCAUUUCUCAUCCAUAGGAAGAAAGGAAGAAAAAGGCGGGGAGACAGAAAUGAAAACGUGUUCAUGUACCCAAUGUGUGUGAACCGGAGGAAGGCAUGAAACGCUUUCUAACUCUAAUGGAAGACCAAAGUAAAAAAAAAAAGAGCAACUUCCUAAACAAAUAUUGCAGGGUUGCAUUUGUAAGUUAAGAAAGGAAGUGGUUUCUAUCUUUUCUGAGUUUCAUCCGCAGUAUACACCACCCCAACCCCUUGUGAUGUGGAACCUUCUUCUCAACUCCCACCUAGAGGAGCUAAGCGUUUGUGAGAUUUAUUGCUGAAGUAGAGCUCUGCGGACUUCCGGGGUGGCGCCUCCGGAAAAAUGGCGGAAUUCCCUUCAAGUUGAAGGGAACCCGCUGCACGGAAGCUUGGGUCCUACCGCUACGGCGCAGCGGGGACCCUUAAAACCCACAGGCGGACGAAGCCUGUGGACGUGGGACUCAGCGGGCACCGUGAGCGCUCUCUCCCUGUGCCAGGAGCCCGGUAACGGGCCCGGAGUGGGAGGUGCGUGGUGCUGUGAGUCGACUGCUUCUUCGUGCAGCAAAGCCGCACUGCCGUUUCCGGAGAGCGCUGCCUUUUUCCUGGGACAAUUUGGCAUCUAAAACAUCUAUCCGUGAGUACCUGAUCUUGGAAGAGCUGAAUUACUUUUAAGACUGGUGAAUAAAUAAAUAAAUUGGACUUGAAAUUGAAUUUAAUUGGGACUUGGAACGGGAAGGUCUAAACAGGAAGUCAGCCUUCCGUUCUUUUGUUACGUGAAGAAAGCAAAGACAAAAUAUACUAAAGCUUGAAAAUUAAAUUCUGAGAGAACUAGAAUUCAACAUCUAAGAUUUCUGAACCCCCCUUUGACUGCAGGAGAAGAAGGGGGUUGUUUUGGACUUUUAACCCUGCGGAAGUGAGUUUAAAACAAAGUAAUUUUCCACCGCCCUGAACCAGGAGCGGGCUGUCAGAACUGACGUUUUGAAGCUUGUCCAGCUCGACAGAUAGUUAAAAGAAGGGUAACAUUGUGACUCUACUGUUGCCUCUUGAAUUUUGAAGGGGGAACUUUGGAUAAAGUGUAUCUGGAAAAGAAAGACUGUUGCUGAUGUUUUUCUCCUUUAUAAAAAAAAAAAAGAAAAAAAGGUUUUCCUCUAGUGGGAUUUAGUGAAACUGCAACGCAGAGAGCUUAAAAGUGAAGGACUAUAAUCGUGGGAAAGAAUUUUCUUUGACCUUGAAGGACAAUGCUUGUACAAAGGCUUGAACAAAUGUUCCUGGAAGGUUUUUCAAAACUAAGUGCCCAGCUGGACCAGAUGCGUCAGGAGACGACCUUGAUGACGGAAGUUACCAGAGCACAGCAGCAAGUAAAUGGAACUCAGUUAAAAUAUCUACAAGUAUAUGAACCUGCUGUAGUGAUGGAGGCUUCAGAGAUGGAGGGACCUUUGGACCGGCAGGAUCAGCCUUUGAACUUGAUAAAUGAACUUGGGAUAAAUCAGAUUCGGAAAGAUGAAAUGUGGUUAGAUUUGGAAAUGGGGGAUGGAUUGACCCCCCUUUAUAUGGUUAUCUGGACUUUCCGAGUCUGGUGAUGGGCCAUCAGAGGAUUGGAGUAGUCGGAGCCUCCAAGUUUCAAGGAAACUUGAAGUGGUAUUAUCUGCUGUCUGGCUUGGACAAUGGGCAUGGGAUGGACUUGCUGCAAAGGGUCAAAAGUAUCUUUCUGCUGGAGUACCCACGACUGAAAGGGAAACAUCAAGAAGAGCUGCGAAAGGGGCAAGAAAGAGAUUUGAGGGCCUCGGACACGAGACAACCAGGUUAAGGAGCCGGACUAUUGAGGUUAAAAGGACUGACAAUCCCGGGUCCAGGGGAGGGGCGCUGUUAGUUGACUGGUUUGUGUCUGACUUAUUAUUUUAUUUUAUUUUUCUAUUUUUCAAUAUUGGGAACGUUCAUAAAUGUUUGAAAGAUGUUGAAUGAAACUAUAUGGCUUAAGUAAUGAUUGGUAAAUGAUUUGCAAAAAGGUAAUGAUGUAAGAAUUUGGUAAAUACUGAAUAUAAGCUUUGAGUUUUAAAGUUUUUAUAUGACAAGAGGGAAAAUAGAAUAAGGAAAUGUAAUGAUAGAUUGUUAUGAAAAACAGAAAGGAUUUGCUGUAAAAAUUAAAAAUUAAGAAACAAGAGAGGGGAGGAGGAGGAAGUCUAGAAAGGAAGUUAACAGAGAUCGUAAAUGAUUUUAUACUUUUGUUUUUCUGUUUUUCUUUUUUUCUUUAUGGUUGGGUUUUUUUCUUUUUUAUUUCUUUAUCAUUUUUGUUUUUUGUAUUUUCAAAUUGUUUUGGAAAUUUUUGUUGUUAUUCUUUGAAAACUUAAUAAAUAUUAAUUAAAAAAAAAAAAUGAAGUAGAGCUCUGCAUUGAACUAUGACGUUUUCUCCCACUGCACUUUUCCUCCGAGGUAAGAACGACCAUAUCUACUUUUCUCUCACCUUGUACAGGUGGCACAAGGAGAAUCCUGAAGGAAAACAAGGUGACAAUGGAAGAUUGAUAAGGCCAGCUUUUGGAAACGUUGCUCAUAGAUAAACUAACCUAUAAUUUGUGUGUUAUCAGAGAUCAAGAAGAUAUUGGAUCAUAGGCUCAAUUAUUAUCAAUUGGCAGGAUGGACCAGCGAUGACUGAGUCUCCUCACAUGCAAUAUUGUGGAGAAACUGGUGGAGGAACCUUUGAGAGACUUUGCAGGAGAAAUUUGGAUGUAUUAUUUUUUCUGGCUUGACUUGGAGUCUCUGGACUGGGAUAUAAUUGCAUGCAGCAAUGAUGUCCUGAUACUCUGAUGCUGUCAUGGGAAAAUAAGCAGUGCUUUUGUCAGGUUCAUAUUCCUCUCUCUCUCUCUCUCUCUCUCUCUGUUGUCUGUUGCUCAAAUACAAUAAUGAAAUAAGCUGAAAAUAAGAAAAAACUUCAGAAACAAAAUACUAAAAGAUGGUUAAGUGUACUCGCUUCCAGAAUUGGUGGUGGGUAAACUUCUGCCCAUUCAGAAAGAUGAUGAGGAUGAUGAUGAUGAUGAAGAAGAAGAAGAAGAAGAAGAAGAAGAAGAAAAUAAUAAUAAUAAUAAUAAUAAUAAUAAUAAUAAUAAUCCAGAAGGGAGAACUAUGAUCCAGGGAGAGAAAUUGGUAUUAGGCACAGAAUGUCCAAAGUUAUCCAAUGUCUGGGAAGACAUUACAGAAGGUCUUCAAUGA